UCAAUGAAGGAGGCCGAUGCAAUCAAGCUCUUCAUCGGGCAGAUACCCCGAAAUCUUGAGGAGAAGGACUUGAAACCCAUCUUUGAACAGUUCGGGAAGAUCUAUGAGUUGACGGUGAUAAAGGACAAAUACACAGGGAUGCACAAAGGCUGUGCCUUCCUGACAUACUGCGAACGAGAGUCUGCACUCAAAGCCCAGAAUGCACUACACGAGCAGAAGACGCUACCAGGGAUGAACCGGCCCAUUCAAGUGAAGCCAGCAGACAGCGAGGGCAGAGGGGACCGGAAGCUGUUUGCUGGCAUGCUGGGGAAGCAGCAGUCGGAUGCUGACGUGAGGAAGAUGUUUGAGGCGUUUGGGAGCAUUGAAGAGUGCACAGUGCUCCGCGGGCCUGACGGCACUAGCAAAGGCUGUGCCUUUGUGAAGUACCAGAACAACGUAGAGGCUGCGGCAGCCAUCAGCACUCUGCAUGGGAGCCGCACUCUACCGGGUGCCUCCUCCAGCCUAGUGGUGAAGUUCGCCGACUCUGAGAAAGAGCGAGGGAUAAGGCGCAUGCAGCAGGUGGCGUCCCAGCUGGGGGUCAUCAGUCCCAUGACCUUACACCUCGGGGCUUACAAUGCCUACACACAGGUACUGGUGCAGCAGCAGGCUCUGGUGGCCCAGUCGGCGUAUUUGUCUCCUGUAUCCACCAUUACCAUGCAGCAGUUGGCUGCCCUCAACCCCAGCAGCCUCAUUGCCACGCCCAUCGCAUCACUUACUACCUCAGGUACCAGCACUCCGCCCACCAUGGCAGCCACACCGGUGCCUGCUCUGCCUCCACCACUCAGCUACCCUCCAGUGCCAGCUCCACCCAAUGGACAGUCAGCAUCUGAAACCCUGUACACCAAUGGAGUUCAUUCUUACCAAGCUCAGAGUCCAGUUUUGGAUCCUAUUCAGCAAGCAUACGCAGGGAUGCAGCACUACACAGCAACCUACCCUGCUGCCUAUGGAAUGGUGGGGCAGCCAUUCCCACACCAACACACAAUGCUUGCACAGCAACACCAGCAGCCUCAGCAACUGCAGCAACGAGAAGGGCCUGAGGGGUGUAACAUCUUCAUCUAUCACCUGCCUCAGGAGUUCUCUGACUCAGAGAUGCUGCAAAUGUUCGUCCCCUUCGGCAACGUCAUCUCAGCAAAGGUCUUUGUUGACCGCGCCACCAAUCAGAGCAAGUGCUUUGGUUUUGUGAGUUUUGACAACCCGUCCAGUGCUCAGACCGCAAUUCAGGCCAUGAAUGGUUUCCAGAUUGGCAUGAAGAGACUCAAGGUGCAGCUUAAGAGGCCCAAGGAUGCCAACCGACCCUACUAAAUGAGGGAAGAUAUGAGUUCUAUCAAGAAACUACUUCCAGCAUUUUGGUUUCGCCCAAACCGUAUAACAAAGGAGCAACAACACUU